AUGGCGGAAUUGCACGGAAUUGAAGAUUUGGUUGUUCAAACCCCUGAAUUUGAAAAACCGUUAUCCCCUAUCAGUUCUUUGAAGGAGUUGCAGAAUCAAUCAAGAGAGAAGGCUACACUCUCUGAAUGGCUUACGAUCAUGAAGAAGACUCAAGGUCGACUGGAAGCCAUUAAUGGAGGUAAAACUCAAGCUCGAACUUUAUUGAAUGAUUUUGAAAAGGUGCAAAAUGAUGAUCAUAGUAUUGUUAAAGAAUCUUUGGCAAUCAAAAUUGAAUUUGAAGAUGUUAAGGAGGAAAUUGAAUAUUGGGAGAGUGCUGUUGUUUGUUAUGUUGUGGGUGCAAAUCCUCCUUACCCUGUUAUGGAAGGCUUUUUGCGUAGAGUUUGGGCAAAGAAAGGGAUAGAGAAAAUUGUAGCUGUAAAUAAGGGGGUCUUUCUUGUGCGAUUUCAUAAUGUUGAUCAAAGAGAUGAGGUCUUGAAUUAUGGCUUUCAAUUUUUUGACAAGAAACCUCUCAUUGUUAAACAAUGGCACGCUGAGAUGGAUUUCCAAAAGGAGGAUAUCAAAACUGUUCCAAUUUGGAUUCAAUUGCCAGCACUAGAUUUGAAAUAUUGGGGUGAAAGAUGUUUAUUUAAAUUAGUGGCUGGUAUUGGAAAACCUCUCAAAUUGGACCAAUCCACCAUUAACAAGGAUAGAUUGCAAUAUGCUAGAAUUAUGAUUGAAACAAGGAUGAAUCAAGAUCUUCCAGAAGAAAUAGUGUUUGAAAAUGAGAAAGGGGUGAUGAUGACACAAAAGGUGCACUAUGAGUGGAGGCCUAUUAGAUGUGAUAUCUGUGCUGGUAUUGGACAUUCUCAUAAGGAAUGUGUAAAGCAGAAGCAGAAGAAAAUAGGAGAGAAAGUAUGGGUGAAGAAAGGCAAUGAUGGAAAGAAGGAUGCAGAUGGGUUCCAGAAGGUGAAGGGGUACAUUGCAAAGGAGCCAAUUGUAGUUGAGUCAAUUGACACAACUAAUACUUUUGUUGUAUUGAGAAAUGAGGAGAAAGGAGAACUAAUGGAGGUUCAGGAGGGUGAAUUAAUAGGGGUAGUACAUGGUGAGGGGGAGGGAGAGCCCCCUACCAUGGAUGGAUAA